AAAAAAAAUGUGUUGUCAUUCGGUAAUAAUAAAGAUUGAAAGUCCAAUUGAUUAGCCAAAACUUAUUUAUCAAGAUUUAUAAAUAUAAAACAAUAUUAGUUUAAAUAAAAAUUAUUGUAUUGUUCCAGCGGUCAGCAUCUAAAUCUGAUAAAUUUGAAAGAUGAAAUCUCCCAGUUCAACUAAGAUGGAUGAUACGUCUUUAAGUGGCAAAAGAUUAAAGUAUUCUAUACUUUUUGUAAUUUCAAGCCUUAUUGGAUUUUCAUUAUCAUUUUAUGCCGCAUAUGUUGAAAGUAAAGUUGAAGAGAACCACGAUUAUAAAGCAAUGUGCGACAUAAGUAGUAAAAUUAGCUGUACGAAGGUUUUUUCAUCAAGCUAUGCGAAAGGUUUCGGUGUACUUGGAAAAGUUUUUGGAGAAAACUCAUUGUUAAAUCUUCCAAAUGGAUACUUAGGGAUUGCUUUCUAUGGUUUUUUUAUGGUUUCGGGUUUUUUAAAUAAUGUCACGGUGAUAAGAAUACAAUAUUUGUUAUCGAUAUUGUCAGUUUUACUAUCGUUUUAUUUAGCAUAUUUACUAUACUUUGUUUUGGAAAAUUUAUGCAUUCUUUGUGUUUCAACUUAUAUCGUUAAUUUCAUCAACUUGAUAACAAUUAGAAAAAAAUUAUCGGUUUCCAAAAGUGAAAGAAGCAUGACAUACCAAAAUAAAAUUAGUACAAAAAAACAUAAAUAAAAAAUGAAUAAUAAUUAUUGUUUUUUCAUAUUACAUUCCAGUUAAUCUGAUGAAAUUAUCUAGUCUUAAAAACCGUAUAAAACAUGUAAUAUAAAAUGUUUAUCAUUAUAUUAAAAUAUAUAUGUACGUAUUUUUAAUUUUGCAACAA